GCACUUCUAUGUCCAGGGCUAAUGGCGCGGAUUAUUCCAAGGUUCUACCGAUCCUCAGUCGAAAAUCUUCGGUGGGCAAUGUGAGGACACCUGAUGAACGGUUCAGCGCGUGGGAAAUUGCGCUCUAAAUUCCACCGCCUGAGGAAGGACAACCACAGAGAAUAAAAAAAUAUAUGUUUUCGCUUUAUCCAUUUCCGUGAAAAAUUGGAAAUUAUGACAGUCCAAAAGACUUUGGAAAAACAAUCCACGUGUGACCACUGACCUAUAGUGUGGAUCCUAUUCCUGGGACAGAGUGUGCCCAUCAGUGGGGGAGAGCUGGCCCUGUCUGGGGAAGAUGGAGAUGGAGAGGGACCUUGGGGACAACUCCACAGGGCCCAAUAUCACCAACAGCACAGGAGCUCCAGACAGCACUCUCCCUGUGGUGGUGUUCACAGACAGGAUGGUGGUGCUGGUGGUUAUCCUGGCGCUACUCACCCUCCUCACUGUGCUCGCCAACAGUGCUGUCAUCACAGCCAUCUGCACCACCAAGAAGCUCCACCUUCCCGCCAACUACCUUAUCUGCUCCCUGGCGUUCACCGACUUCCUGGUAGCUAUCCUGGUCAUGCCAAUCAGCAUCCUAUACAUUGCCACAGAGUACUGGUCGUUGGGCCAGGUGGUGUGUGAGGCCUGGCUGAGUGUGGACAUGACCUGCUGCACCUGCUCCAUCCUGCACCUGUGUGUCAUAGCGCUGGACCGCUACUGGGCUAUCACCAAGGCCAUCGAGUAUGCCCGUAAGAGGUCAGCCCGCCGGGCAGCUGUCAUGGUGGGUAUCAUCUGGGUCAUCUCAGUCUUCAUAUCCAUUCCACCCCUCUUCUGGAGACACAGGCCCGGUAGCCACGGCCCAAAACAGUGCAUCAUAGAGCAUGACCACGUGGGCUACACUAUUUACUCCACCUUCGGGGCCUUUUACAUCCCCAUGACCCUUAUUCUCAUCUUGUACUAUAGGAUUUACAAUGCUGCUAAGACGCUCUAUCAGAAACGGGGCUCAUCGCGGCACUUCAGCAGCCGAAGCCAGACGAAGACUGAUAGCCAGAACUCUCUGAACCACUGCCGUAUGGCACACACCUUCUGCGUAUCGGAACUAUCCACCUCAGACCCCACUCUGGAGUUUGACAGGCUCAAUGCCACCAUCCGUAUCCCCUCAUUUGAGACAGAUAUGGACGGGGCAGAUGAGAGGAGCCAGAUCUGUACCUCCAGGGAGAGGAAGGCAGCACGUAUCCUGGGCCUCAUCCUCGGGGCUUUUAUCCUCUGCUGGCUGCCUUUCUUUCUGAAGGAACUCCUUGUGGGCCUACAGGUCAUAACUGCCUCACCCCAGGUGUCAGAAUUCCUAACCUGGCUGGGCUACAUCAACUCACUUAUUAAUCCUCUACUUUACACCAGCUUCAAUGAGGAUUUUAAGUUGGCCUUUAAGAAACUGCUCAGACGAAAGGAGCAUGCAUAGAUUUACAGGCCCAGGUUGAAC